AAUUUCUUAAUUAUAUUUUUUAUGCAAAAUACUCUAAUAGAGUAGAGAGAAAUGGAAGGAGAUAAAGGAACAGUGUGUGUGACUGGAGGUACUGGGUUCGUAGCUUCAUGGCUCAUCAAGAGCCUUCUUCAGGAGGGUUAUGCUGUUCGCACCACUGUUAGGGCUGAUCCAGAGUGGUCUGACAUGUGGCCAGAAAACAAAAGAGACCUUAGUUUCCUCACCAGUUUACCAGGAGCAGCCGAAAAGCUGAAAAUCAUGAGUGCAGAUCUUAGUGAUCCGGCGAGUUACAAUGCAGCCAUCGAGGGAUGCAAGGGAGUAUUUCAUGUCGCAACUCCUGUCGAUUUUGAAAACAAAGAAUCUGAGGCAGUAACUGAGAGGUCAAUAAGUGGAGCACUAGGCAUCUUGAAGGCAUGCUUGAAGUCGAAAACAGUGAAGAGAGUUGUGUAUACUUCAAGUGCGUCCACUGUUAUGUUCAACGGGCAGGAUGUGGAGGUGGUGGAUGAGAGUUUUUGGACUGAUGUGGACUUCGUUAGGGAAAAUUUAAGCCCAUUCAUGCGUUCUUACAUGAUUUCCAAGACAUUGACAGAAAGGGCGGCCCUUGAAUUUGGUACACAACAUGGAUUGGAUGUGGUGACAGUGAUUCCUAGUUUGGUUGUUGGUCCUUUCAUAUGCCCCAAGUUCCCUGGCUCAGUGCGCUCGUCAUUGGCUCUGGUCCUAGGGAACCAAUCUGAAUAUAGUCUCCUUCUGAAUGCAUCGAUGGUGCAUGUUGAUGACUUGGCAAGGGCACAUAUAUUCCUGCUUGAAUAUCCAGAAGCAAAAGGAAGAUACAAUUGUUCUUCCGACACCAUAAGCCUUGAGAAGUUGUCUGAAUUUCUUGGUGGCAAGUACCCAGAGUUCCCAAUUCCAUCACCAGAAUCCUUGGGAGAAAUCAAAGGUAUGAAAUGGCCUGGUGUGUCAUCAAAGAAACUGUUGGACACAGGUUUCGAAUUUAAUUGUGGCGUGGAGGAAAUGUUUGAUGGAGCCAUUCAGUGCUGCAAGGAAAGAGGAUAUCUCUAGUUACCCAAAUUUACCAUCUCUACUAUGCAAAUAAUGCAGGGAGCAAGGGCCUGGAAAAUGAUUGGAUCGAAUCAGUAGAAAGAGGAAUAAAUUAGUUCCCUUGUCUCGAUGAUGCAAUGUUAUAAUAAUGUAAUUCUAAUUUAAAAAAAAAAAACAAAUCAAUGUAUGUUGUUGUUUUUAAUGUCUCCAAACUAGUUUUUGUGAGGACAGGAACUGCACUGUGUAUGGUUUCCUCUGUAUACAAAUUGAUGUUUCCGUCGCAGUGCGCAACUUUGAUCCCUUAUCCUCACUACUUUCUAUUGUUGCUUCUUUUGUUCCUGUUUGUUUCCCUGGAAUUUCAAAUUUUAUUCGAUUUUUUUUACUUA